UUCCCUCCCCAUUUCAAAGCCCUCUCUUGUGUCUACUCAUCAUUUCACAAAAAUAUUUGCAUUGAUAAUUUGAUCAAUUUGUUUUCUCUGCUAUGGAUUCUUCCUCCCCUUUUGACUCUAUUAUUUUCGAUUUGGAUGAUACUCUGUAUUCGUCUGCGACUGGAAUUGGACAAUCGUUGAAGAAGAACAUUGACGAUUUUCUGGUGGAGAAAUGCGGUUUUCCGGUUUUGAAAGCAUCGGCUUUGCGUGUUGAGCUUUUCAAAACUUACGGCAGUUCUCUUGCCGGAUUACGAGCUAUAGGUUAUGAUGUUGAUGCCGAUGAUUAUCACAGCUAUGUGCACGGAAGAUUACCGUAUGAUUUGAUUAAACCGGAUCCCCAAUUACGAAGCAUUUUGCGUAGUAUUAAUCAAAGGAAAAUUAUUUUCACGAAUUCGGAUCGAAUUCAUGCGAUGAAGGCUUUGGAUCGUCUGGGAAUUACAGAUUGUUUUGAACAGAUCAUUUGUUUCGAGACGAUGAAUUUUAACCUCUCUAAGGCAACAAGGCCGGAAGAGAUUCCGGUGAUAUUGAAGCCUUCAAUGGAGGCAAUGAAUAUCGCCAUUGAAGCUGCUCAGGUCGAUCCUUAUCGCACGCUCUUCCUUGAUGAUAAUGUUAAGAACAUUGCUGCUGGAAAAGCUGUGGGGCUUCAAACAGUUUUGGUUGGAAGAUCAACCAAGACAAAAGAAGCUGACUAUGCAUUAGAGAUAGUGACUGAUUUGGUUCAAGUAGUACCAGCAAUAUGGUUCAAGGAAGAAGAAAAAGAUCAAAAAGUAACACGUACAAGAAGUGAAAUAGACUUUCUUGCAACCACAUCUGUGGGUGCCUAAUCUAUGUCAAGAAAAAAAAAAGAACCAAGUCUUCUAAUCUAUGUACAAGUGUACAUAUUCCUAAUAAUAAUAAUGUAAUUUUUAAUGUAUGUGAAUGUACUUGUUACGUAUA